AUGGCAAAACGCCGUUCAAACUCGCCCAGUGGCCAAAAUGCCGAGACUAGAUCAGUACCUGGAGAUCUGUCCAAGCUCCCACCAGCAUGGUGUCACAAAGUUGACAUAGCUCAACGACCAGGAACUUCAGCUCAAACACCACAAUUGGAAAGAGAGUAAGUUGUUUUGUCAACAUUUUGGGUUUAGGUACAAUCUUUUGGGUAAACGUUGUUAUCUGUACAACUUGAUUAAUAAACGUCAUUCUUUUUGAAUCAGCUUUAAAGUACAAAAAAUAAUAUUUUUAAAAAAGUGUUAAGCUUUUGAAUCUCAUUAAACCUUAGAAGCACUUAAAUCUUAUGAUUUUUUAAAAAUGAUGUGAUUCUAAACUGUUUCUAUUUGUAAAAGCUAAUACUUUCUUGAAACCUGCAAAGAUUGACAAACAAUUUCAAGUGUAAAUGACUGUUCUCAAUUAGCCAGAGGUGAAAAAAGUACGAAAGCUCGAGAAGUUUGAACAAAACAAACAUUAGGCUUAAAGAUCACUUUCAACAUGAAAAACUUGAUCUGGGGUUAAAUUUUAAGCCCUGAAAUUUUAUAGUUUGAUGUAAAAAUAAAACUUAAAAAAUAUCUGUAAAAUAUUAUUUUAGUUCUUCUCUCUCCCGCCCAGACACUCUGGAGCCCUUAAUCUCGAAGAACUCGCAACCGUCAUCAAUGACUCCAUCGAUAAAUUCUCUUCACAAUAUCACCGAAACUCCGGUCGAAACUCCAGAUGACACUGAUCGUCUGCGACGUCAACGUGGACAUCUUCGAGGUACACGAUCCAAUGGCUUCGCCUCCGGGCCUCCGUUCGCACGGCCGCCGAAGCGUGAAGCACCGUGGUCGACCAUGGACGAGCGACAGAAACAACAACAGAUUCAGUUGAUUGAGAAGGAGAUUGAUGUCAUGGCCGAGAAGUCACUGAUGGGAAUCCGAUCGUGGCGGCCGAAAUGGCUUCAGAAGUUUGGCACGAAGAAUUGGAUGUUGUUGUGGAUGUGCUGGUUCUGCGCGAUUCAGGGGAUCAUUGUGAAUGGGCUGGUACCAUCAACGAUAUCUACCAUUGAGAGGAGAUUCGAGUUGAGUUCGAGCACAGUUGGGAGGAUAGCACAGGUGAGGAUUUUGAUUAAGAAAAUUGGUUUUUAAAUUUAGAAUUUUAAAGAUUUUUGUCAAAAUUUAAUUUACAGCCAAUCUGUUAUUUACUAUCUACUAUUAUGUUAAUGAAUUACCUUUCAGUUCUACGAUUUCGGCUACGUGUUAUUCUGUAUCCCAGUCAGUUACUUUGGUGGACGACAUUCUAAACCUCUAGCUCUGGCCGUAGGGUUAAUAUUAAUGGCCAUCGGUGCCUUUAUCUUCUCCACACCACAUUUACUGGCCGAUUCCUACACUAAUUCGUAUUCAGAAGACGACGCCGGCUUCAGUCGAUGUCCCAACCCUAGUGUAACAUCGAUUCUAACAAACACAUCGGGUGCGGAAGCUCUAAAGUCAUGUCCAUCGCCAGAAAAUCAACCAGGAACCUUUAGAUACGUGAUCUUGUUCUGUUUGGCACACUUUUUGCACGGAAUCGGGGCUACACCGUUGUUCACCAUCGCUGUAUCUUACAUUGAUGAAAAUGUGGGACCAAAUCUGAGCUCUUUGUACCUGGGUGUAUUUUAUGCGUUUGGAGUGUUUGGUCCUGCUCUAGGAUUUGUCGGGCAAUCACAGUUCUUAAAGUACCACACGGACUUUUUACAGACUGGAAAGAAGUUUGACAAGUAAGGUUUUGGGGAUAAUAAGGCUUAAAAGGGUUUUUUUAAUAAUUUAGGUAACAAACACUCAUUUAUUUAAAUAUUUUUGCUACUUUUGUGAAUGUAUCUUUAACCUUAUAUCUUUUCAGACUAGUAAAUCUAAACGAAUCCGACCCAAAGUGGGUGGGAGCCUGGUGGGUUGGCUUCCAAAUCGUCUCCCUGUUGGCCUUAAUCGCCGUUGUACCUAUUCUAAGUUUGCCAAAAGUGCUGCCAGAAUCCCUCAAGUGGCAUCGUAACCGGCUGCGCAAGGAAACCCUAGGUGGAUCAAAGAAACGAACUCCAGAAUGUUGUGGAAUGCCAUCAGUUUCCAAGACUUCUGCCAUCACAGGCAAGAAUCUGAUGACAGUUGACGAAACCGCCGCUAGCCAAGCUGUAGCUGAGUCGAUGCCUGCUCUCACAGCUCGUCCUGGUCCUUUGUGGUACCAACUGUGGUUGGAUGUGCGACAUAUUCCUAUUGCCAUCUAUAGAAUUUUGCUAAACGGUCCUUAUAUGUUGAUCACGUUGGGAAUGGCUGUUGAUGGUAAGACAUAUAUGACAAGAUGCGUUUUUAUGGUAAAAUACGGGCGGAAGAACAAUGUUUUCCAUAUUUAAUUGAAGACCAUGACUUUUUCACAAAUUCAACCCAACUUUUCCAGGUCUCAUCAUAACCGGUGUGUCCACAUUCAUGUCCAAAUACCUGGAACGUCAGUUUGGAGUAGCCCCAUCUAAGGCCAACAUGUUAAUCGGCUGUAUCAUGGUACCGAUGGCUGGUAUUGGCACAAUGUUCUCUGGUUUUGUUAUUCACAAGUUCAGAAUGAGUUGUGUUAGGACUAUUCAGUUCUGCGUGGCUCUACUGAUCUGUGCCUUGUUGUUGAGUCCAAUGUACUUCAUCUACUGUGAUCAUGAUCAUCUCGUGGGAAUUGAGAGACAUUACCCAGUUGAUGAGUAGGUUUUUAAAUUUUUAUAUUGUUUUUUUUUUAUCUUUCUUGACACUUCCAAACUCCUCUUACCAAAAUACUCAUUUCAGUGACGUAUCAAACCACUACGACAACUCCACCGACAGCUUCGUCUUCAAACUCCAAGCCAAGUGUAACUCUCACUGUAAAUGCGAAUCCACGGAGUAUCAUCCUGUAUGUGCCGAGUUCUCAGACGGCACCCAAGUCGCAUAUUAUUCACCAUGCUACGCCGGCUGCCCAGACCUUUACAGUCCAUUGACCAAGGUCUACAACAACUGUUCGUGUGCACCACACAACACCAAAGGUGGAGUAAGAAGAGUCAAGAACGGAUACUGUGAAUCCAAAUGCAAGGGGUUGUUCGCAUUCCUGUUCAUCUUUGCACCAUUCUGCUUCUUCACAUUCGCCGUGGGAGUACCGUUGAUUACGGUAGUGUUGCGUACUGUAGAUUACGGUGAAAGAGCGUUUGCUUUGGGAAUUCAGUGGAUUUUGGUACGAGUAAUUGGUACUAUACCAGCACCAGUGUUGUUUGGAUGGUUGUUCGAUGUGUCUUGUAUCAGGCAACACUUUGAUCCGUGCUCUGGAGCACAUGGAAGUUGUAUGUUGUAUCAGAACAAGCUACUGGCCGACUUGUUUUUGGCGUUUAGUGUGGCUGGACAGGUAGGUAAAUAGUGUAAAUGAUUUUAUAUUGGCUGUUUUUAAUAAAAUAGCUGAGUUCUUCGAAGCUUAUUAAUAUAAAUAUGCGUUUUGGUCAUGGAUAAUAUUGUCAUAUUAGAAAAAAUAAUCAAAAAAUAACUUUUUGACCCAAGAAAUAAACUAAUUUGAGUAUCAAAAUGUGUCUUUUCAGUUGAUAGCCAUUGUAUGCCUAAUCUGUGUCCUAAUGUUCUUUGCCCACGCCCUCAAAGACGAUCCCCUCCCCAACCUAGCCAUAAAUGAACCUGUAGAUGAGGAAGAGACCGAUGCUACCGAACGUGAAGCUCAAUCUGUAUAUCAAUCACCGAAAAACGGAAAACUGCCAGAAAUCGAGCCAAUGUUACCUAAAAAGGUCGAGAAUACUGUAGCGGUGGCUUAA